ACAGUUCCACGGUGGUUAUGCUCAGCCCCAGCCUGCACAAGGGUGGCCUCCACAAGACUCUGCACAGAAACCAGCCUUCUUCAACCCCCAGCAGAUGCCAGCCCCCGCGGGAGGACCUCCCAUGUUCUUCAACCCUGCCAGCUUCGACACUGCCGCCGUCCCUCCGUUCCUCCCCCAGCAUGGUCCUGCCCACCCCCCACAGCAGCAGUGGGAUCACCCGGCAUACCCUCCACAGCAACAGCAACCGACUUGGAAUUCCCACGAGGUUCAGAACGGUCCACCUCACCAAGGGGGUUACCAAGGUGGUAAUGUACAGCAAAACGAGUACACCCAACAGUCCUACUCUAACUGGCAGGAACAGGACCUGUACGCCCCUCCAGUCUCAGACCCACUGGCUGACAGUAGGGCGUCGUCGUCCUUCUAUGAGUCUUCUGGGCAGAGCUCUACUGUAGGCUUCAACUUUUCCAGUGAAAAUCCAUCGUUGAACUCUAGCGAGAGAACCUCGCCUAUGCUAGCAGCCGGGGACUACGGUCAGGGCGGUUAUCCGUACGACGGAAGCGGAAUGGAAAUUCCGAGAGACGGAAUGCAGCAGCCACCGUCAGAAGGAGCGGCAAUGUUCCGACAACCGGAGGGAAAUUCUGUACCGAACGAUUCAGGGCCUGUAGGACAGUACUUCUCCAGUCCAGGAAAUACGAAUGUAGCGCCGGUGCCAGCGAGUAUGCCACAAGUCAGCAUGUUCAACCCUCAGUUUGGCCUACCAGAAGAGUCAAGAAGUGCUGCUAGCUUGGGUCAAGAAGAGGGGGCAGAAUUCAGCGGGGAAGGGACACUAACACGAGAACUAACAGGCCAAGAACAGGAGCAGCCAGCGGAAAACGUCCAACACUUUCCACCACCUCAGAACAGCCAGCCUCCACUGCAUCCAAACUUGGACGGUUCCCAAACUGGCCCUGAAAACAGCAGCUGGGAUUACGGAGGGGCGCCUCAUCAGGAGAUGAGAAGAGAACUGACGGGGCAAGAGGACGGGCUAGACUCCCAGCCGCUAGAUCCCGCGCAGUUUGCUUUACAACCGCCCGGACCACAACAGGCUCCUCCUGUGUUAACUGUAGAAGAGCCAGCUGCAGGGGUUCCCACACAAAGCCCUGGGGUUCCAACACCGAGCCCCGGACACUCCCGUAGCGGUUCCCAGCAGUUUGACGCGAUCAGCCUGGGGAGCGGAAAGGAAGGGAACGCCUCUCGCAGUGGCAGCAGGGCUAGCUCCCUCAUUGUAGAGGGUCAGGCUCAGCCAGCUGUCACUCCAGGCGGUGGUUCUAACAGUGGCACAAGGGAAGACUUUGAUGCAGGCACAAGACCGGUGGGUGACCACAGCAGGUCUGGGUCCAUAGACUCUGGUCGAAGCGGUCCAGGAAUUGCUGAUGGCCCUCCCCAGAGUGUUGUUGCCCAACCGGAGACUGCAGGAGGAAUGGAGAGGAGUCGGUCUGGAUCGGCAGAGUCGGGGAGGAGUGCCCGGAGCAACAGGAGCACCUCCAGCGUGCCGCCCGCGCCACCGCUUAACGUGCCGUACCAGGAGGGCGCAGCCAUGGAGCGAACUCGGUCCGGAUCCGCGGAGUCCGGCAGGAGCGGGAGCAGCGGACGGCCGCCAUCGCUGUCACGCCACAGCCGUGCGGAGUCCAACGACUCCAUCCACAGUGCUGGGAGCAACCCAGCUCUAUCCUCCCAGCCUCCCCUGAUGGAGGAACAGAGCCCUGGUGACGGAGCGCCCAGCCCCCAGCCGACCCAGACCAUCCGGCCUUCGGACGUCGGUCCCGGAGAUUCCCCGGAAGGUGCUGCAAGCCCGGACGAGCCCACGCAGCCCCAGCAAGGCGACGGCGAGCCCGAACCUCCGCCACAAAACACCCGGCCCCCACAAGCCCGGCCCAGCGGCCACAGCCCCCCUCCCCCCUCGCGCCCAAGCAUACCCAACUUCCCCAUCUUCUCCCCCAUGGAAGGAUCCAUGGCACCUCAGUUUCCCUUCACCAGUAGCUUCCCUCCAGCAGGACCCAGCAUGCCCUCCCCCAUACAGCACAGUGCCAGCAGCCCGUUCCAGCCCGUCGCCACGAGGCCUCAGCCUUUCCCUGCUAGAACUGAGCACAACGGUUUCCCAGGGGAAGGGCAGGAUAGCACGCCGACAUCAGGCAACGACAACGACGCUGCAGCGACAGGCAGACAAGACAGGGAAGCGUCGCAGGUCAUGCGACAGUCGUCCAGAGAUGAACACCAUGAGCACGGCAGGGAGAACCUGCUGGAAAGGGAGCCCCUGCCGAGGAGAGAGGACAUAAGAAAUGUCGGAGAGGAGCCAAGAGACAGGAGGACUUCUGGACCGCGUGAUGGCGCAGAGGGAGAGCAGAGCGUCCCACCACCAAUGCCUGUACAGCCUCCUCCCAGCCAGUCUCACCCACAUCACCAUGCUCACCAUCGUAAACCAGAGGAGCGUCGCGAAUCCACCCCCACCGCGUCUCUCUGGGCGGCGACGGACGUCCCCGCUAGCGUUCCCAGCGUGAUCCUUGCGCCCGCGGCCCCACCCACGUUAACCCAGGCCCCGUCGGUCCAGCCCCAUCCCGUCCCCAUGUUCGUGCCCACUCCAAACCUCCCCAGCACCAUGCAGGCCCCUCCCCCUGCUGCAGCCAGCCCUCCAGAGAAGCAACAACAGCCUCCUGCUAGUGCGAUCCCCUCUUCCAGUGCCUUUGGUACACCCAGCACGGUUGCUGCCACCGCCCCGACCACGUCUGCGUCCACCCCCUCCCAGCAGUCUCCUGCGUCUAACGACACCUACAGAAACGCCUCCGCCCCUCCCCCUGACUCCACUGCUGGUGGUCAGCAACAAAACAUGCCACCAGCAUCGACCCAGAGCUACAGCACGCCUCCCUCGCGACAGACAAGCACGGUGUCCAACUCCUCCUACAGCAGCCAGCCGAGUAGACCCGCGGAGGACAGAUCACAGGAAAGAAGGAACCCUCAAGAAGGCCAGCCAUCACCAUCGCGUAGCCCCAGACAAGUGGCAGGCAACGAGGGAGAGCCUGAAGACCGGUACAGCCAACGUGGACAGCCUCAGAAGCCUGCAGGGCAGGCUACACAGCCAGCAGACACCCGGCGAGACAUGCCACCAUCAGCACUGAGUAACCAGCAGCCGAGUUCUGACAGCGAUUAUACGAGAACAAGAGACUACAGGGGAAGAGAAGGGGACACGUCAUAUUCUACACACGAGCCAGAGAGACCGUCCAGUCGCUCCUCUAACCACGGGAGUGACAGGGACUGGGACAGGGACGACAGAUAUUAUGACAGACAAGACAAGACAGACAAGAGAGAUUCCUGGUACGACCAGAGGGAUCGGAGGUAUGACAACAGGCGCGACUACUACCAGGAUCGGGACUACCGCAGCAGGUCCUACGACCAAGACCCGCGCUACGCCCGACAGGGAUCGUACGACAGCUACUACGGAAGGCAGGAGUCGAGGGAAAGGGAGAGACCAUCCUCCAGACAGGAGAGGGAAAGGCCAAGUUCGAGGCAGGGAGAGAGACCGCGCUCGCGACAAGACUACGAUAGGGAAGCGUACUACCGACAGUACAGUGCUGAGUACGACAGGAGUGGUUACUACGAUCAGGAAAAGUACAGAAGAAGAAGAGACUACUACGGAAGAGAGUAUGACUCCAGGUCACAGAGGGAUCCAAGAUAUAGCAGAGAGCGUGGGAGUCAGAGGAGCAAAUCAGUGGACGACACAGACUACUGGGCAAAUGACCCCCGGUACCAGGAGUGGUACAACUACUACUAUGGUCGCCAUGGCAACAGCUACGACCCGCGGUACUACGAGUACUACAAGCAGCACACACAACAACAACAACAACAACAACAGCAGCAGUCUCAGGGGUACGAUAUGUACGCUUACGACCCUCGCUACGAUAACACGUACGACGACGAGCAAUACGUCGAGGACGACCGGCGUAGCGUGCACAGCAACAUGAGCGGCCACAGCUCCCACAGUCAUCACUCCCAGGGCUGGGGAGGACAGUACGACGAUAGGUUUGCGCGGGACUUCCACCGUGACUCCACCCAGUCGGAGACCAGUGCGUACGGACACAACAGUUCUGCGUACGGGGACUGGUACAGGGACUCCUAUCAGCAAGGAAUGUCCCCUGCUGCCAGGACCACGCCCGCUAAGUUCCACAUCCCCCACAUGCUGGCACGGUUUGGGCCGGGAGGUCACAUGAUCAAGGUGCUGCCCAACAACCCUGCUGACGGCAUGCCUGCUGUGGUCGAGGUGCACGGGCUGGAGACUCUUCUUGUGAACAACAAUGAAGUGGAGGAACUCAGAAGUUUCCAUGGACCGCUCAUCAAGGGUGUGACCCACAAGAGCGAUGUGAUCCGGUUCUGCCAGGACAAGGCUGCGGCCUGUCUGGCCAGCACAGACCUGAGGGACAAGGAGUCAGCCGCGCUGCUGUGGCAGCUUCUGGAGCUCCUCUGUAGGCAGAACGGGACGAUUGUGGGUACAGACAUUGCAGAGCUGCUUCUCCAGGGCCACCCGUCCAUGGCUUAUCCCCAGCGUACGGAAGCAGAGGGGGAGGACCGGGGGAGCCAGGGGGACCUGUCCCAGGCCUCCACCGCUAGCGAAGGCACCGUGGGGGGGACUGAGGCUGCGGACAUCGAGAGGCUGACGCAGAAGUUCCGGGAACUGCUGCUGUUUGGGAGGAAAAAGGAUGCGCUAGAGUGGGCCAUGAAGGGGGGUCUGUGGGGCCAUGCCCUGCUGCUGGCCAGCAAGAUGGACUCCAGAGCUCACGCUAACGUCAUGACAAGGUUUGCGAACAGCCUGCCGAUGAACGACCCUCUACAGACCCUGUACCAGCUCAUGUCCCAUCGCCAACCUGCUGCCGUCACCAGCUGUGCAGAUGAGAGGUGGGGCGACUGGAGACCACACCUAGCGAUGGUUCUGUCGAACCACACCCAGCGACCAGAGGUAGACAGGAAGAGCAUCAUCACCCUCGGAGAUACACUAGGUUCCCGAGGCCUUCUCCAUGCCGCCCACUUCUGUUACCUGAUGGCCCAGGCCAACUUUGGGCACUACAGCAAGAAGGCCAGCAAGAUGGUGCUACUGGGGUCAAGUCACAGCCUCCCCUUCAUGGAGUUUGCGAGUAACGAGGCCAUCCAGAUGACAGAAGUGUACGAGUACGCCAUGACUCUGGGCAACGCUGCACACUACAUCCUACCCAGCUUCCAGGAGUACAAGUUUCUGUAUGCAACAAGGCUAGCAGAGUGUGGCAUGACGGCACAGGCCCUGACGUACUGUGAGUGUAUAGUCUCAGCCGUGGAGAAAGCGCCCACAUCCUUCAGUAGCACACUGAUCUCUCACCACACUUCCUACAUACACACAUUUCCUACACACAUGUACAUAACCUUCCCUUACUGCCCCCCUCCCCAGGCCCUGACGUACUGUGAGUGUAUAGUCUCAGCCGUGGAGAAAGCGCCCACAUCCUUCAGUAGCACACUGAUCUCUCACCACAGUUACACAGAUCACACUGAUCUCUCACCACACUUCCUACACACACACACGUACAUAACCUUCCCUUACCGCCCCCCUCCCCAGGCCCUGAUGUACUGUGAGUGUAUAGUCUCAGCGGUGGAGAGAGCGCCCACAUCCUUCAGUAGCACCCUGAUCUCCCAGCUACACCAGCUGUCGGAGCGACUGUUCUGGCACGACCCACAGUUCUCCAGCCUCAGCACAGAGGAGGACCAGGACUACGACUGGAUCAACAGCAUCAGAUACAUGAACCAGCAGGUCCAGGAGGGCGCCCUGCUGCCAUCCUCGGCCAGUGACACGCCCAUGUUUGUUGGCUCCACGGAGCCCAGCAUUGACGGCACCAGCACCCCCACCCCUGGGGAAACCACCUUCACGGGCGUGGGGACGCCCCAGUACGACCCCAACCAACAGCAGGAGCUGUAUGAAGGUUACAACACCAGUGGAAUGGACCCAUCAGCCUACCAACAGCAGGGUGGAACAGACAGUCCAUAUCAGCAGUACAAUCAACAACAACAACAACAAAUGGAUCCCAACAACUCGUACCAGCCAUGGUCCAAGCCUGCCCCGCCUGACAUGAACCUGAUGGCGUCCAUGAACAGUGAGUACAGCACCACGUCUGCGACCACCACCACGACCGAUGGUGGUACGGAGGUGGAGAAUGAUGUACCGGACUACUACGACCAGAUGGCUGGACAAGUGAGCUUCAAAACUCUCGCCCCCAGUACUCCUGACGAGAGCCCAGGAGACUGUCCGGAUGAUGCCACGGAGGAGGACUCAGAAUCUAGCCCUCGAAUGGUACAGCAGCAGCACCGAGGCACGCCAGACUCCCAGGGUUCCCAGGGCCGUCUGCGCGCGCUCAGCGGCAGUUCCCACGCCUCCACCACGCGCGCCAGGUCCAUGAGUGGGUCGUCACAGCUGUCCCACGGGUCGCAGAGGAUGAGACGCAGGCAGAGGACAACCUCAGAGUCAUCACAGGUGGACAUUAAGGAGGAACAAGGCCAGAAGAAACAGGAAAAGAGGUCAGGAGGAACAUCAUGGCUGGGAGGACUCUUUACUAAAAUGAUGAGGGGCAAGAACGAAAUCCACCUUCCUGACGACACCAACAAAUCUAUUGUUUGGGAUGCUACAAGGAACAAAUGGGUGAACCAGAAUGAGGAUGAAGAGGAGGAUGCCGCGCCCCCACCUCCCCCUCCUAAGGACCCCAUGAUGCCAUCACCUGCAGGAGGACCCGCCCCUCCACCUGGGAACACUCCCAACAGGUUCUCCAGGAGGGCAGGCCCCACAGGAAAGUACGUAGACGUGCUGAACCAGAGCGGCACGACCAAGCCGGCCGCCCCUCCCCCCGACCUGUUCCCUGGCAUGGCUCCAGGAGGGAACGCCAUGCCCAACCUGUUUGUACCUGCUGCUGUACCCACGUCGGACGCCAACGAACCGCAGGGAUCACAGCUCCAAGGAACUAUGACCCAGGGCACCCCACAGGGGACCCAGGCACCGACCCAGGCGCAACAGCCACCCAUGUUUUAUAACCCCAACGAUCCAAUGACAGCAGCCGGCCAAGCCACGCCCACAAGUAUCGCUAACACACAGGCUCAGCUGUCUCGGUCGAGCUCUAUGAGUUCUAUGUCGUACGAGGUCAGCCACCUCCUUAAAGCCCAGCAGCCUCAAGACAAUGCAGGCCCCCCUCCAGGCGACCAGGGGAUGGCAGCACCCCCCCAGAGCACGGCCGCACCCCCCAUGUUCUUCAACCCCUCCUCCUUCAGCAGCCAGAGCUCCCCCUUCAACUCCCCAGCACAGGGGCCAUCUGGUCUGGGCAGCAGGCCAAGAUAUGCACGACCCAGAUGAGACGCUAGGGGGCUCAAGUGCACUACACCAUCA